AUGUUUCUCGAAACCUACAUUGUCUAUAUUAUCAACUUUCUCGGCUUCGAGCCGAGCUUCUCUCCAUUUCGCGGCUUAUUUGAGCAAAAUGAUCUACAAGUCCCGAUCACACCAAGCACCCUAUCGUUUGUGCCUCCAGGGGCCGCUGAGGAUGACGCUACCAAAAGCAGCCCCUUCAGAUGCUAUUAUUCGGCUAUGGCGUCCGAGUAUACCUAUAACCCUUCGGCGAACGACCGAGGUGUUUGGUUAAAACAUAGGACCGAUCCAUCCAAGGACUUCACCAUCAACACGGACUAUGAAGUCAGGGCCCCAGUUGGGAUUGCACGGAACUACUUUCUUACUGUGGGGGAAGACACCAACCAUGCUGUAAACUGGGAUGGCGUUGACUUUCCAUAUGCCAAAGUCUUCAACAAGAGCUUCCCUGGUCCAUGGAUACAGGCAUGUUGGGGCGACGUGCUGAAUAUUACCGUUAAAAACACUCUCCCACACAACGGGACGGCAAUUCAUAUGCAUGGCAUCCGACAGUUCGGAUCCGCCCUCAUGGACGGCGUUCCUGGCAUCACCCAAUGCCCCAUUGCGCCGGGGGACACCUUUAGCUAUGUGUUCAAUACAACCCAAUAUGGAUCGACCUGGUAUCACAGCCACUACAGUCUGCAGUACUCGGAUGGACUGCUGGGUCCGUUGACUAUUCAUGGUCCCACAUCCGCCAACUUUGACAGCGCCUUGGAUCCGAUCCUGAUCUCCGAUCAUAACCAUCGCAGUGCUUUUAUGGAUUAUUACCAGGAGCAGUUCGCUAACCCUGUCGCCAAUCCGCCCCGUUUGCCGCCGAAGCAGACUAGUAUUUUGAUCAAUGGACACGGAAGUUAUGCAGGAUCCUUCCCACUGAAUCGGUAUCAUAAGAAGGUGAAGCCAAAUAGACGCUACAUCCUCCGGCUUAUCAACGCCUCCACGGAUAGCACCUUUAUUUUCAGCAUUGAUGGACACAAUUUGACGGUAGUGGGCAACGACUUGGUCCCCGUGGAGCCAUAUACAACGAAUCAUAUAUACAUCGGGAUCGGCCAGCGCUACCACGUUGUUCUGGAAACCCUAAGCCAAGAAGCAAUCGGCCAGGGCAAAAAGGGCUACUGGAUCCGCACCGAGCCCGCUGAUGGAUGCCACAAUUUUGAAACCUUCCCUGACGACAGACAGGGAAUUCUCUGGUAUGGCUCGGGCAGCGCCAGUGGACACGAGGAAGGUCUCAGUUUCAAGCCCCCGUUGCCAACCACGACAGCUUGGUCGUACAAUUCCACCUGCAGUGACAUGCUCGAGCUGGUCCCCGUCGUCCCAUGGACCGUUGCCCCGCCAGAUACCAGUUUCACCGAGGUGCAGUACCACCCGAACCAGAACGAUCCCCUACUGGAGGCGUCCAUCACGAUCGACACCUUCUUCCUUCCCGCGGAGGGCGAGGAUGCAGCCGCAACGGUCAACGUGUGGCAAUUUCUGAACGACACCGUCUUCGUCAACUACACUGAGCCCACCGUCAACAACCUCGAUCCCCCCUACAAUCCCAAUGCAGUCAUUUAUCUCGCCCAAGAACCCCCUGCGGGGUCCCCGCCACAGACAUCCACAUGGAACUAUAUGGUGCUGAUCGGGGGGAACUUGGAGAAUCCCACCCCAGUGAGUGGGGGUCGCCUGGUGCCUGCGGCGCAUCCGAUCCACCUCCAUGGCCACGACUUUGCCGUUCUCCAAUUCUCCGAACAGCCUUACAAUGGCGUCGAAUCCCUCAACCUAGAGCUUGACAACCCCCGCCGCCGCGACGCUGUCCUCUUGCCCAGCAACGGGUUCAUCGUCAUCGCCUUUAAGACGGAUAACCCGGGGGUCUGGACCCUGCACUGCCACAUUGCGUGGCACGCGUCCGCCGGCCUUGCGCUGCAGGAUCUCGAGCUGAAGGAUGUGCUGGAGGCGCAGAUAGAGCAGACCCCGCCGACAUUCGCGAGACAGCAGUUGGAUCGGACUUGUGCCAACUGGGACCGGUGGUUUGCGGACCCUGCGAACCAUUGGAAUCCGAAUGGGCGGUUUCAGGACGAUUCGGGGAUUUGAGGUUUCUGACGGGUGUUUUGGGUGACUUUCAAUUGCGUCACGCUAGUUAGUGUAUUGUUGAAUUGCCGGUGGUCUCGCGGAUGGAUAAGGGAGGAAUAUCAUGAAUCCGCAUCAAGGCGGAAAUUAGC